AUGUGGUGCAACUACCACCUCCGAUGGUGGAUUGUCAAUCAAUCCCUCAAGACAGCAGGUAAGGGUCUCUUUGCCCUGACGCCUGGCCUGCAAAAGACGUACUACCGCCUCCUCGGAAUGUCGAUCGGAUCUGACGUCAAGAUCGACCAGUUCGCCAAGAUCGCCGAGCACGACCUCAUAACCAUCCACAAUGGUGCCCGCAUCGACAAGUGCCUCGUCCGUGGAUUCUGCGUCGAGCGCGACGGCUACUUCAGACUCGAGCCCAUCAUCAUCGGUCGCGAUUGUGUGGUCAACACGUUCACGCAGAUCUCUCCCGGUGCCAGGCUCGCCGACGGUACGGUCUGGGGACCGCAGUCGUCAUCGCACGAGGAGCCUUCGUCCGACGCUUACGCUGCCUACAACCGCAACAACGCUCCUCAGCCACACUGGGCGCUGAUGGUGCUGAUCGGCUGGCCCGUCAUCUUACUCGUCCGUUUUGCCUGCUAUGUGCCAUGGUUCGCAUCGCUCUUCAUGCUCCUGUCACAGCCCUUUGCUUUCGACCACCACGACAGCGUCAAAGGUGUUAUUGCCUGGUUCGCCUAUCCGCGUCGUAUCGGCUGGCAUUACGUGGCUCGCGUUGUGCGAAACGGUAUGCCGCCGCUGAUAAACCUCGCGCUGGGAAUCUUUGUUAAGCGCAUGCUCGGCCUCAACAAGGAAGGCUCGAUGCGCAACGCCACCCAGUACGCGCUCUUCCGUCGAUGGAUGAACCAGCAGCUUCUCUCCCAGCCACGCGUGCGUCGUGCUCUUGCCAUCUUGGGCACCCACUACGAGAUGACCUCAGUCAUCUUCCGUGCCAUGGGCGCACGCGUAGGCAAGCGUGUCUACUGGCCUGGAUCCAGCAUCUACUGCCCGGACCCAGAAUUGCUCGAGAUCGGCGACGAUGUGGUGUUCGGGUCGCGUUCCGAAGUGUUCACAUCGGACAGCAUCGGCUGGGCGCGCGUGCGUGUCGGACGAGGUGCCAUGAUCGCGGAUCGAGUCGUCCUUCUACCCGGCACCAUCAUCGGCAAGCAGUGUGUGAUGGGAUCCGGUGCGCUGGCCCGUCGCAACGGUCACUACGAAGAGGGAAGCGUCUGGAUGGGCUCCAAGCACGGCGAAGCGGUCAGCUUUGGUAAAGCGGUGACCGAGAAAAGCGAAGGCCUUGCGAGCGACGGCGACUCGGAGACCAUCACGCCGUUCGGACGUGCGUUCUACAAACGACAGGCCAACUUCUUCGUGUUCCCCUACCUCAUGCUGGUGGUGAUCAACGUGGGCAUGACGAUCUUUUCGUCGGCCUACUGGGCAUCUUCGGCGGUGGGCACGGUGCUCGUACUCAACUUGCUGCGCAAGCACUUUGAGUAUUCGUCGGCCGGCUUCCUAUUUGACGACCAUUGGUGGCGACCGGGUCUGAUCUACGGCAUGAUUGCGGUGCUCUUUGUCGUGAUCAUGACAGUGCAAGCUUUGCUAGCCUUCUUGUGGACGAUCGCCACCAAAUGGGCGGUGAUCGGCCGACGUCGCGAGGGCCGAUAUGAUUGGGACAAGUCGUCGUAUUGCCAGCGCUGGCAGCUCCACCUGACGCUGCAAAAGUUGCUCGGACGCGGAUUCGGUGGUCACAUCUACGGCAUGAUCUCGGGAACCGCAUUUGCAGUAUGGUACCUGCGAGCGCUUGGCGCUAAGAUCGGAAAGGACUGCGCGAUCUGGGCGGGUGGCAAGCCGUCGUUGCAGCUGACGGAGCCGGAGCUGGUGUCAAUGGGCGACCACGUGAGUAUCGACGACUGUUCUGUGGUGGCGCACAUCAACUCGCGCGGACGCUUCAGUCUGAACAAGCUGCGCAUCGGCGAUGGGUGUGCGAUGCGCACGGGAAGCCGUCUGCUUUCGGGAGCGCAGAUGGAGCCUAGAUCGAUGCUGCUCGAACAUACGCUGGUGGCAUCGGGCGAGAUUGCCGAGGCAGGUGCUGUCUACGCUGGAUGGCCCGCUCGCCAGCUGCGUGUGCGAAAGGCGCAUCGCGGGGGCGGGGUUGGCGGCGGCAUCCCCGGAGAGCUGUCGGCGAUGAGCAGUUCGACCAACCUGCAUCAGCAAGCGCCGCCACCUGGCUACUUUGGCCAUUGA